AUGACGACUCUGCCUCUCAACACCUCAGCAACUUGUGCAGAACUUGAGUCAGGACAGACGACAACCCCUCCCUGUACGCUUUGUUGCUGUGGCCUGGUCAAUCGCACCUUGGCUGUAGGGUUCAUGGUCAGCCUGGCAUUUGCUAUCGUGGUUGGCAACAUGAUCACUCUUACAGUCUUCCUACAGACAAAGCAGUCCAGGACACCUCAGGGAUAUCUAAAAGUGUCUCUGGCUGUAGCCGACAUGAUGGUGGGUGUCUUUGUGGUCCCGUUCUCCAUCUACACUGAGGUGUCACUAAUGGUAACCAACUCGCCUCCCAGUUGGUAUAAGCGUGGCUCCACUUUCCUAGGGGAAUGGCUACGCUCUUGGCAGCCCUGCAUGCUGAUUGGCCCCGUGUUUGCCGUGUGCACGUUUGUCUCCAUUACCACCAUCUUCCUCAUGACCGUGGAAAGAAGCGUGGCCAUCCUGUGGCCUCUCCGCAAGGACACCUUAGUGACACGGAGACGAACUCUGCUUCUGGUCGUGCUCUCCUGGACUUUCAGUGUUUUGCUUGCACUGGCGCCCCUCAUCUUUAGCAGCAACUUCACUCUGGAGUACGACGAGUGCAGUCGCAUGUGCAUCUACACCCCCUUGAAUCCCCAGUUAUCUGCCAAUAGCCAUGUUUUGCUGUUGUUCCCAGCAUUUGACUUCACACUUCUUAGUGGCACAUUAGCCGUUAACAUUGUGUCCUUCACCAGCAUUCGGCGUUACACCAAAAUGCGUGAACUUCUCUCUGAGACCAGUCCAAAUGGUGGAGGCUGCUGUAAAAGACCCACCCUGUCAGAUAUCAAAGUUGCAAAGACAAUCUGCAUCUUAACGUUGACCUUCACAGCGUCCUUCACUCCUAUUGCAGUGUUUGUACUCGGGAACGUGGUCGGAUACACCUGGUGUAACUUUUCCUUUAUCGCUUUCUGGAUCUUGGCAUGUAACAGUUGCUGUAAUGUAAUAAUCUAUAGUGUGAGAGACCAGCGCUUUAGGAAGGGUGUGACCCUGCUCUUCCAGCGAGAGCACUCGCCUCCUCAAGGUGAGAAGAUCUGA